UUUUGAUCCGUGACAUGGUUGAUUGUGCUGCGGAGAGUUGUCAUAGUAACCGGUGGAGUGGAUAUUAAUUCAUCGCUUAAAACUGUAGAAUGGCGCUUAGGAGGGUAACUGCCGAAGACCUGGACGUGGAUCAACUGGCGGAAACAGAACUGAGUCGUCUGCAACGACAAUAUCGAAUUAUGGAAGGAGAUCGGCAGUCAUACUCUCAGAAAGCAAACAUUGUUUUACAAAGACAGAGGAGAAUAAUAAGAGCACUGAAUGCUGAGAAGGAUGAGCUGCUGAAAAAUCUUCGUGCAGCCAAGUCCCCACUGAAUGAAGUUAAAAACAACAAAACAUCCUCAGAGCUUGUCCAUCUGCUUAACCUCACUGACAGAUAUGAUAGUCAGAUCAAAUCAGAGAAGUUGAAGUUAUCAGAACUCAACUUGCAGAUAAGGAAGGUGGAGAAGAAGGUAUUGGAGCUGAAGAAACUAGAUGUCACUGACAGCAUUUUGCUGCAGAAAUCACUAAAAACUCAGAGGAAUAUUGACAACUUGGAGAACCGGCUUGGAGUUGUAACAAGCAAGUUCAACACAGUGAUUGCUUCCAAUGGAAAGACGCGUGAGGAGAUUGACCACUUGCUGAAGGACAGGGCAUAUUUCAAUAAGCUGUACCACCAUCUUGUGAGCCGACUCAGUUCUAACAAGAAGGUGAUGGUACACCUGAUUGAGCAGGCGACAUUGGCAUAUGACCAGAGAGAAGAAGCUCAGAACAAGCUGCAUGCUCUCAAAGAACGUGGAAAACUUGAUAUGCAGCAACAGCGCCAGGAGAUGAAGGAGCUGCAGCGGCGCUUGGAUCACGAUGUCAAGCUGCAUGAGUUUCUGAGUGUUAAGGGACAGCGACGCACCACUGCUGACCUAGAGGCGAGGGAGGCACUCAAACAUAAAAAGAGAAAGGAAGCCACAGAACAUAUGAUUGUUACAUUUGAGGAGAUCCUAUCACAGAUCAAGGAAUUCUCUGGAGAAGAUGACAUCGAUCGAAUAGCUGCGCAAUUUGUGAAGCAAGAGGAGGAGAACUUUGCAAUCUUCAAUUAUGUCAAUGAACUGAAUAAUGAGGUGGAGUCACUUCAGGAGCAGACAUGUGGUCUGCGCAAGAAGAUUGAUGAUCAGCGUGACCUGAAGAGUCACCGGGCAUUGCAACAGCAGGAUACAUUGGCUCGCCUUGCCAACACACUCGCUGAGAAGAGGAACAGUGCUGACUGUGUGGAGGGAAAGUUACAGCAGUGCAGUUCCCUUCUGGAGAAGCAGCUGCAGGGCAUUAACCACAUAUUCCACAUAGUGCGUUGUGAUGCUGCACCCAUACUCUCUCUACUGGGUGACAGUAUACAUGUGACAGCACACAAUGUGAUGCUGUAUUUGGACAUAAUUGAGCGCAGAACCAGUGAUCUCAUAAAGGUGGUGUACCACCUGGAGCAAAAUAUGCCUGUGAUGCAGGAGCACAUCAUGGAGGACCACCCUGACACACUUCACCCUGUCCCUAUUGACAAGCUGGUGCCCACAAACUCGUGCAUACAGGGCCCAUCCAUCAAAUUGGUAUGAGGGUCUCUAUACUUGGAAUAAAGCAUCCACCAUGUGACUCACCAGGGCCACACAAGUCUCAGUGCUGCCCCAGACAGCAAGAAUUUCCACACCUGUUGCUAAUCGUGUAAGCAGAUAUCGGGCCAAUGCAAGAUAUUCUCCCACCCCAAGUAAAUAACAUGUUUGACUCUCUUCUUCCCUUCUUCAAUGGACAGUAAGUGUUAAUGUGAGACUUCAUCCAAAAACUUGCUACCCCCAAAACUAUAUGCUGCCCCAAGCAUCCACAUAGACUUCCUGUGCUUUCAUACUGGUCCUGACAGCCAGAGUUUAGGAUUUUCUGUAUGAUGUUUGUUGAAUAGUGCUUUAUGUGCAAGAUUGUCAAUGCAGUUGCAAUGUAGCAUUCCAGUUGUGUUUCUGUCCUGAUGUUUAUGUGUUUAUGUUUGUUUACAUGCUGUACAGGUGAUGGAGCUCAGGUAAUUAUCAUAACCACACUCAUCUUUAACCCUUGACCACAACAUCAGCACAGUCACUGUCAGUUUUGUCACCAGAUGAUUUGAAAUGUGCUACAGUCUGCACCAAAUGACAGACUAUUGGCACUGUGGAUGUUGUUGCCAUUUCCUUGUACAGAUGUCACUCAAAUGCAAACAAAUUUUGCAUGUAGCUUCCAAACUUUUUUUCCUCCUCUUUCUCCCAUUUUGGAGCACAGGGCUGAUUUCUCAGUUUCAUGAUCAUUUUACAGA